AAAAUUCAAUGGAAUGACCAUGAAUCGGAAUCCUUUUAAAAUUUUCUAAGUCUCUGAAAGUUCUAUUCACCAUCAAAAUAUAGAGUCAAAUAGCGUCCGAUAGUCUAUUUCGAAUUACUACAGACAUCAAUUCUUGAUCAUACAGUUCUAUUAGAAGUAUUUGAAUGACUUUAAUGUAUAUAAUAACCCAAAGAUCAUAUAGCCUAAUUGAUAAUAAAGUUUCUAUUCAAAGACAAGGCAAAUUGGUUAGUUUAAAAUGUUGAUAUUUUUAUUUAUCAAAUACUUUUUAACAAAAAAAAUUUGUCAUAAAUUUCAAUUUUAAAUAGCAUUUAUGUCAAAUUCGUCUAUCAAGGAAAUUCUAUUUGAGUGAAGUCAUUAAGUAAGAGAAAGAGAGAGAAAUUUUAAUAUCAAUCUUAAUUUUUGAUCGAACUUUAAUAUCUAUAAUCAGUACAAAUGAAAUAAAUUGUUUCUUUUUUCUUUUUGUUUCUUUAUCUAGCAUUCAUCACCAUCAUAUCAUUCAAAUUCUCAAAUUCAACAAUCUCUUAUAAUACCAUUUUCAUUAAUAUAGGUAUUUAUCAUCCACCUGAUUAACAAAUGUAUGAACAUCAAUAAAUUUUACUUGAAAAAUUAUCAAAUGGAUAUCAAUUAACAAAAAAAAAAUAUUCUCAAUCAAAUAAAUUUGAUUAUCGUAAAAUAAUUAUAUCUCAAACAACAAAUAUGGAUUGAAAAUUAUUAUUUAUUAAAGAUUUAACAAGAGAAUUAACACAAAUGACAACAUUAUAUUUAUUAAAUUUUUUUAAUUUAAUAUCUGAAUUUCAAUUAUUAAUACAACAAGAAAAACAAUUAAUAUUAAUACAAAAUAUACUUAUUGCUUUUAUGUUUCAUGGCGCAUUAACAUUAUAAUGCUGAAAAUAAUACAUUUGUUGAUCAAUACAAAUACAAUAGGUAAUUAUUUUCAAAAUAAAAAAUAAACACAAUCAAAUAAAUUUCUUUUAAAAUCUUUUAGCUGACGAACCUUAUGAUACAAAAUAUUUAUUAUUUGUUUAUGGAUCAAAAUUAUAUAAAACUUUUAUAGCAUUAGCUUAUCAAUUUACAUCUGCUACAUAUCAAUUAUAUAAAUUAUCAAAUGAUAAAGAAUUAGAUGAAUAUGCAAAUAUAUUAUUUUUAUUACUUAUAGUAAUUCUUUUAUUUUCUAAUAGUUUUCAAAUUCAAUUGAUGAUAAUAAAAAACAAUUCAAUGAAAAAUUACAUAAAAUUCAACAAAAUUAUAUUAAUAUAACAUGUCAAUUUUUACAUGAUCAUUUUGAUUUUUCAAUUGGACGAAGAAUGUUUGAAAAACUUGUUCCAUUACUUAUUGAUAUUCAGGCACUUUAUUCAACAUUAGGCAAUGCUAAUUCAUGUGAAAUGGUUGAAGAUAAAGAUCGACCAGGUUCAUCACAAACAACUUACAAUCCUAAUCAACAAUCUGCUGAGCCAUUGCCUAUAUCUGCUUCACCAGAAUUUAAUUCAACAAUGAUUAGUGAUACAUCUCAUUUAAAUGAAUUACAAAAAGAAAAUCGAGAACCUCCAUUAACUAAUUCACCUUCAUUAUCAUUAAAUAUUCGAUCAUCCUCAUGUGUUCUUUCAAAUACAACAUCAACACUUGAAAAUUACCAAAAAUAA